AUGAAGUCUCUGCGUCGUCCCAAGAACAAGAAACGUAUGGCGCCUAUGGUUCCUGGAGGAUGGCCAUUGAUAGGCCAUUUAAGGGCCUUUGACAACGGAAAGCAGAGCAACCAUACGUUCGGGGACAUGGCCGACGUGACCGAGCAUAGUAGAGCCGGAGAGGUUGAUGUGGCGUUCGGAGAGCUGUACCGACAAUGGGAGCAAAAGGGUGGGUCUCAAAAAGGAGUCUUGGUGGAUAUGAGCCAAGAGUUUCAUGAUUUGAUCAAAAACUUCUCGCUGAUGAUGAUCGCCGGGAAGAGAUAUUACGGAGCAAGCCCCAACUGCGAAAUCGGAGAGGCAAUGAGAUGUGGUAAGCUGUUCCGAGACUUUGUUGAUUACUUCGGGCUCUACCUGCUAUCAGAUUUAGUACCACCUCUUGGUUGGUUGGAGUGGAGGACUAAGAGGGACAUGAAGAGGACGGCUAGUGCGUUAGAUGAACUUCUUGAAGCUUGGAUUGAAGAACACAAGAAGAAGAGGAAGGAUUCUGUUUCUGGUGGGAACCUUUUGGAUCUACUCCUUGAGGUUUUUGAGCAACAAGAUAAUCCAAGUCUUGAUGAUGGUGGUCAUAAAACAAUCAAGUCCCUAUGCCUCAAUUUGGUGCUAUCAGGGACCCAGGCGACCAUUGUGACUCUAGUUUGGGCUGUUUCCCUACUCGCGAACAACCCGGAUGUGUUGAAGAAAGCUCAGGAAGAGUUACAACGCACCAUUGGCGAGAGCAGAGCUGUGGAAGAAUCUGACCUCAAAGAUUUGGUUUAUCUCCAAGCAAUCGUCAAGGAGACACUCCGUUUGUACCCACCAGCUACUCUCACCCCUUACAGGGUUGUGAUGGAAGACUUCGACAUCGCCAAUGAAACUUUCAUGUUCCUACAGAGGGAUCCGAAUCUUUGGUCCAACCCUGAAGCAUUCGAGCGAGAGAGGUUCUUGACAUCAGAUAGAGAAGUGGAUGUUGGAGGGCAGAGCUACAAGUUAACACCCUUCGGGUUGGGACGAAUGGCGUGCCCCGGGAUCCCCCUUGGUAUGACGAUGGUGCAAUAUCUCCUGGCAAGGUUCCUGCACAGCUUUGACCUAGCAACACCGUCUGGCCAAGAUGUGGACAUGAUCGAGAACAAUGGUUUCGCUAAUUACAAAGCCACUCCUCUUGAACUCUUCAUCACUCCUAGGCUUCAUAAAUCUCUCUACCAAAAUGGAUCGCACAGGGCUUGUUGA